CUGAAACACACUUUCCCUCAGUCGGUCUGAAGAGUCAGAGCUGCAAGUCGUGUUUCCACCAGUCGCAAGAGGAACUUCACUUCAACCGCUGCUUCCGUCACCAGCAGACACUCAACAGGUUAGACGUCAUGUUGGUUCUGCACAAACUUCCUGUCACAGCGACUCUGUGUUUGCUUCUCCUGGCCACGCUACUGCCCGACUCUGAGGCCCGCCGCGGUCGUGGAGGCGGCGGCUUCGGCCGAGGAAUGGGAGGUGGAGGCUACAACCGGGGCUACGGCGGUCAGGCCUCCAGACCCGUCCAGACCGGUGGGUCCAGUGCAGGAAAGGUAGCCGGGGCAGCUGCUGCAGGAGCGAUAGGAGGAGCCAUGCUGGGUUCUGCCCUGAGCCGCCCUGGGUAUGGUGGAGGGUAUGGAGGAUAUGGAAUGGGAUAUGGUGGAGGUUAUGGUGGUGGAUACGGAGGUUAUGGAGGGGGCUAUGGAGGAGGAUAUGGCUACCCGCGGUAUGGAGGUGGCGGCGGUGGCUUCAGGUCUGAACCAGAGGGCUCUGGAGACAUGGGCUACUUCACCGGAGCAUCCAGUGGGCCCAUCUACAACAGCAUCAUCGUGGUCAUCGGCUCCCUCGUGUCCCUGCUCCUGGGCCACUGGGUGGCAGUCAUGUAAAGCCGGACAAAGACCUGAGAUCACCAAAAAUAGCCACAGCACCCACCCCGGUCCAAAAAUACCCCGUUACCUGACCGUAAAGAGGACUAGACCUCCAGAGAAUGAAAAGCUGCAGCUAAUUGGUUUUUCUGACGCUUCAGUGACCAACCCUGAGGACGAGAAGAUGAAUGUGACGUCCCAGUGUGACUCCAUCUGCAAACGUCCUGCUAAACAUGAAUCUGAUUCAGUGUGUUACAAAUAAUUCUUCAUGAGAAAUGUGUAAAAACAGACCAGGAAUAAAUUAGAUCUCAAGUUAAGUCUACCUCAAGCAACCACCAGUGUUUAAGAGCAGCUACGCACUUGAUGUAACAAUGCCAUUUUCAGUAUUUUUCAUCAACUAAAUAAAUCAUUUAGGCCGCUUGUGAUUUACAUUCUGCAUAUGAGGAAGUUUAUUUUCAAGUAUUUUGCUUGUAUACAGACAGUUUUAUCUAAUUAAAGUACAUAUUUUAUGCCAUUUUGUAGUUUUUUUUAUGUAAAAAAGAAAAGAUGAAGGGGUUUCCAUGUUUAAUAUUGUUAAACAAAUAAAAAAAAUACCAAAA